AUGCACUCCAGCACCUCGAUCAGUUCUUUGUUCUCCUUCACCAGCCCGGCUGUGAAGAGACUGCUGGGCUGGAAGCAAGGAGAUGAAGAGGAGAAGUGGGCGGAAAAGGCUGUUGACUCCUUGGUGAAGAAGCUAAAGAAGAAGAAGGGAGCCAUGGAGGAACUGGAGAGGGCGCUCAGCUGCCCCGGGCAGCCCAGCAAGUGUGUGACAAUCCCGCGGUCUUUGGAUGGGCGGUUGCAAGUGUCUCAUCGCAAAGGGCUGCCCCAUGUCAUCUACUGCAGAGUGUGGCGCUGGCCUGACCUGCAGUCUCACCAUGAACUGAAAGCACUGGAAUGUUGCGAGUUCCCGUUUGGCUCAAAGCAAAAAGAAGUGUGCAUUAAUCCUUACCAUUAUCGACGUGUGGAGACCCCAGGUAAGCAAGUCAUCCCAAUAAAUUAAAAAAGUACGUAUGUUUCAACAGUAAUACCAUAAACAUAAAAACAAAAACAUGGAGUGCCUAUUAUUGGAUUGUCGGUUACAAAAAAGUAGCAGUAAGGUACAUACAUGAUAAAGUUCAUUGAUUAAUCUCCAGAGAGAUACAUGCGUUGUAACAACUGGGCUGACUUAUGGAUGUGACCAUUGAACAAAGACCACUUGCCUAAAAAUUGGUCUCUCUUCACCUGUCCAUGAAUAACUCUCUUGCAUUGUGUCAAGCGUUCUGAAAUUGCUUUUUCCCAUACCCAUGUGCACUGCGAAGGCAAAACAAGAUUCCCCCCUGUUUCUCAUUUGGCAGCUAUCGCCAUCUUGGCAACAGCUAAGAGAAAAGAGACUAGGGUUGGACAUGGAAACGUAGGGUUAAAGUUGCUCUCAGGUGACAAAAGCGCUAAUUUGGGAUCCAAGAUCAAACUAUGAUUAUCAGAGAAAUUUCAGAGAAAACAUUUUGGAUAGUAGAUCCCAGAGCAUUGCAACCUCUCCAGUCUAAAAAUAUUUUUUGAUGCAAAGGCUACUGGUGCAUUGGGUUUCAUAUUUUGUAAGAAAUCUCAUUAUGAAACCAUAAGAAUAAGAGGAAAAUAUAGACUCCUUGAUGAAGAAAGAAAACUGAAUCAGUUUUCUACGUGAGAAAUCUACCGUAUUUUUCGUUCUAUAGGACGCACAUUUCCCCUUCCAAAAACUAAGGGGAAAUGUGUGUGCGUCCUAUAGAGCGAAUGCAGGCUGCGCCGCUAAGCCCAAAGCCAGAACAGGAAGACGGAGCACCGCGGAGCGCUCCGUCUCGCUGUUCUGGCUUGGGAACAGCCUUGCUAGCUUCUGCAGGACAGCGGGGUGAAGGCACCCCGCUGCCCUGCAGAGGUUUGCGCGCAGCCCUCCCCAAGCUAGAGCAGCGAGACGGAGCCCUCCAUCUCGCUGUUCUGGCUUGGGAACAGCCUUGCUAGCUUCUGCAGGACAGCGGGGUGAAGGCACCCCGCUGCCCUGCAGAGGUUUGCGCGCAGCCCUCCCCAAGCUAGAGCAGCGAGACGGAGCCCUCCGUCUCGCUGUUCUGGCUUGGGAACAGCCUUGCUAGCUUCUGCAGGACAGCGGGGUGAAGGCACCCCGCUGCCCUGCAGAGGUUUGCGCGCAGCCCUCCCUAAGCUAGAGCAGCGAGACGUAUCCCUCCAUCUCGAUGUUCUGGAUUGGGAACAGCCAUGCUAGCUUCUGCAGGACAGCGGGGUGAAGGCACCCCGCUGCCCUGCAGAGGUUUGCGCGCAGCCCUCCCCAAGCUAGAGCAGCGAGACGGAGCCCUCCAUCUCGCUGUUCUGGCUUGGGAACAGCCAUGCUAGCUUCUGCAGGACAGCGGGGUGAAGGCAGCCCGCUGCCCUGCAGAGGUUUGUGCGCAGCCGUCCCCAAGCUAGAGCAGCGAGACGGAGCCCUCCAUCUCCCUGUUCUGGCUUGGGAACAGCCUUGCUAGCUUCUGCAGGACAGCGGGGUGAAGGCAGCCCGCUGCCCUGCAGAGGUUUGUGCGCAGCCGUCCCCAAGCUAGAGCAGCGAGACGGAGCCCUCCAUCUCCCUGUUCUGGCUUGGGAACAGCCUUGCUAGCUUCUGCAGGACAGCGGGGUGAAGGCAGCCCGCUGCCCUGCAGAGGCUUGGCGCAGCCGUCCCCAGCUAGAGCAGCGAGAUGGAGGGCUCCGUCUCGCUGUUCUAGCUUGGGGAUGGCUGCGCACAAACCUCUGCAGGGCAGCGGGGCGCUGUGCUCCAAAGGCUUCAGGGAUCUUUGAGGCUGGCGGUGGGGGAAAACAGCGCUUCCCCCCACCGCCAGCCCCACAAGCUCUGGUGAAUGUACCUUGAACGCACCUUGUUUUGGAGGGGGAGAACAAGAAAAAAAAUCUUUUUCCCUGUUCUCCCCCUCCUAUGAUCCGGUGCGUCCUAUGGUCCGGUGCGUCCAAUGGAGCGAAAAAUACGGUACAUUGCUGUUUUUAACCAGGAACCAAGUUCUGCUGCUUCAGGAUAGAAACAGCCUUGUUAAAUCUUGUGAUGAAUCUGACUAAACAUGGGUUGGAAGUAAUCUUAAAGGCUACUUUGUGACAGUGGUAGCAAUCAAACAUCAUAGUUUUUAAAAAGCCAUCAGGUGAAAUAAGCUGUGUCAGUACGAAUUUUUUGGCUGCUGUGAUAUGUUGCGAUACAGCAUUUGUUUUUAUUUAUGGGGUUUAUUCUGUUUAAGUGUGUGAGCCAAGUUCAGAGUCACUGAUGAGAAGGCAAAAUUUUAUUUUUAUUUAUUGAUUUGUUUCUUUGUUUUAAAUACCCUGCCCUUCCUCCUGAUUGGAGCCCAGGGCAGCUAACAACAGUCUUUUGCAACCUUGCAAAUAUACAGAAUCAUAAAACAAUUGAAAUUGAACAAAUUCAUACCAAUUCUGAAACAUCCUGUAAAAAUGUAAUAAUAGGAGGAGAAAUACAUGAUUAAUUUUCCAAAAUAAAGGGGAGACUAGAUGAGAUGCUGGAGAUCUGUGAUUAUAUCUGCCAUACGUUGCAUUUUUUUAAAAAGUCAAGAAUUUGGGGUUGGAUUGGGACCACUACACUGGGGAGGUGAGAUUCAACCAUUCUCCUCCGCUCUCUCAGUGUAAAUCACACACCAGGUUAUAUUUGCGCAGUUAGAACAGUGCUGUGGUCAUGUAAUGAAAUAAUUUGCAACUCAGCUCAUAAUGCUCUGUGUAGUUACAGAGCUACCCUAAAUUGGUCAGAUGUGCCAUGGCAAAUUUGGAUUGUGCUUCUGUUCUGCACUGAAUGAAGCAGACAAAUGAUUGCUUUACCUCAAGUGCAGCUUGGCACAGUGGAACUCAACUUACUUUGCUGCUGUGGUUUUGCAAACUCUUGUCUCCUCCUCCAAGCACUGCCCUAAAGUCACAAAAGAAGCUAUUGUGGUAGUGGAUUCCUGGAAUGUAGGUGCCCUUAAUUGCAUUUCCUGCUCCAAAGGUUUCUCUCUCCUUGUGGUUCUUGCUCAUAUUUGUACUUGUCCAGGGUGCUGAAACUUCAGAAGGUGGUUUUUUUAAAAGCUUCUUUCUUAAAGCCAUACUAGAUGCUAUGCAAGGAAUAAUUCAUCAGUCACCCAAUACGUAGGUAUCCAUUGAAAAGCACUCCUAGGGCAUGGACUGGUUAACCCUUUGCUGGGGUACCCUGACACCAUUUACCCAAUCUAUGUCCUCCCAGCUGCUUUUUGCCUCGCUGGUACCGUGGAAGCUCAUGGGAAUUCACGACAGGAUGUUGUAGGAGGAAGCACAGGAAAACAAACAAGAGACAUUUCAUUAACAGAGCCUAAGGUGGUGGUUGUUUUUUGUCCUGCAGUAUUGUCACACCUGCACUCUGAAAGGAUUGGAAAAUCCUGUUGAUGAUUUGGAGAGGAUUAGGCCCCAAAUGAGCUCACCUUCUCUCACAUUGCUAAGAUAAUUGGGCUUUACCAUGUUGGCCGGCCUCACCUUCUGAAACCAAGUACACAAGACUGGUUCAGGGAUCAGCCUAACCUGAAUGCUUCUGGAAUUAGGCUCCUCUGCCAAGCAGUCAACAGCCUAUGCUUUUGGUCUUCCUUGUUUUGCUAGUUCUUGCCCUUUCUUCUAAGAGGGCACUGGAGGGGCAUAAGAGAGAAAGCAUGGAUUGUACCUGGUCUCUGAGACUAUGGGCAGAGGCUGUGUCCAAAUCUGGAAAAGAUGUGCGUUUGAGUGUUACGAAUCAAUGAACGAUGUGUAUUUGUAUAUGGAUCUUCAGCUACAGUCCUGGGAAUUGGCCUCUAAAAUGCUCAACCUGCUUUCCUGAUUGCUUGCAGUUCUUGAUUAGUCUCUACCAAAGUUAUUUAUGCACCUCAUGUAUCUGCUUUUUGGAAUUUAACCUAAGUUCCUGUCUGGAAAUAUUUUUUAAAAUUGAGAUCUUCAACUAAUAUCUUUUUUAAAACAUGAUUAAAAAAACCCCUAAUUUUGUGUAAUCUGAUAUGUCCUAUAGGUUGCACAGGAUAGUGGGGAGGGAAAUGGAGGCAUUUGUUUCACUGCAUAAUUCUGACCCACCUAGGAUGUUUUAACAUCAAACAUUAAAGGCAUCCCAAUAAGGCCUGCCUUCAGUUGUGUUUGGAAAGUUGUAUGGUUGUUUAUCUGUUUGACAUCUGUUUAACUCAGCAAUAAAAUUGUCCACUCUUGAGUAAAUUAUAUUGUUUACUUCCGUUUGACUGUGGCAUUGCUCCAAUGGACUUUCCACCAAAAUAACAAUAAUUGCAUCUGUUCUUAUGGCAAGAUGUGUUUUUGUCCUUCAGCCAAUCUCUUCCAUUGACUCACUUGCAGUGUAGUGCAGAUAUAGCCACAGAAAACCCCUUUCUUUUUUUCUUUCUUGCAUUUAUGUAUCUUGAGUUUAAGAUUAUUCAAUAAGAUUCAAGUGGGGUGUGUGCUCAGGAAGCCCUGAACUGAGUCAGGCCAUUGGUCCAUUUGGCUUAGUAUUGCCUACCCUGAUUGGCAGAGGCACACCAGGGUCUGAGACAGGGGACACUUACCAGUUCUUAACUGGAGAUUUGAGCCUGGGACCUUCUGCAAGUGGUUGUGAUUUCUCUCUUUUAAAUAAUUUUUUUUUUUAAAUUUCUGUUUUGCUGCAAUCUGUGGCAGCAGCAACCGAGCUCUUCUGGGUGUCCAUCCCCCCCCCCCAAAAAAAACCCAUCCCCACUAAAUGCCCCAAAAUGACAUUUCAUCAUAGCAUAGCAUCAUGCCAAGGAGCCAUGUGACUGCCACAUUCCCCCAUGGAAGGGCACUACAAUGUUUUUCUUUCCUCCCAACCCCAUUCCCUUUCAUGUUGUGUAUUUUAGGUUGUAAUCCUGAGGGCAGGGACUGCCUUACCACUGAUAUAUGUAAGUUGGGUGUUGCUGUUUAGUUUAGCAGCUUGGGUGUUGCUGAAGAGCAGGGGGGAAAUGAAUAUUGUGUCCUAUAAUUAUUUCAAACCUCCUUGCUAAUACUGUUGCCAUCACCUGGUAAUCAUAAAUUUAAUAAUUAUAUUGGUCGAUAUGAUGAUUCAUUCCUUGGAUCCUUUCCUGGCUUGCCUAGUAUUGUUCUCCUUCCUGGCCAACUGCAACUUCAGGGUCAGGUUGUGAAUUAGAUUGGGGAAAAUAAUUCAGGCAGGGAGACUUGAAAACACUUCUUCCAAGUCCCAUACCCCUUUCUUAGUCAAAUUAGCACUCCCUCUUCCCCAUGGGUGUGUUUAGUUGGGUGGGGGAAAAUGUUGGGAGAGAUCAGUCAUAGAUCAUAGAUCUCCUGCCAGUGUUUCUCUAGACCCAUGAGUCAACAAAUCUUCUGUUCUCAUGUAUUUUUUAUUACAUCUGUUAAUGGAGUUAACAAUAUGUCAGAAAGAAAGCAUUAUCAUAUUCUGGGGGUAAUUCCAUCUGGCCCUUGAGAUUUAUUGCCCUAUAAAGAUAUAAUAGUUUCUCUGACUCCUGUAAUACUUGACCUUUCAAAUUUCUGUCAACUUUUGGUAAAUGUGGCAUGGGUGGGUUUUUAUUUUAAAGACCCCCUCCAUUUGCGGUGGUGGGAAGGGGGCUUUUUCAUGUAUAAUGGUAAAAUUCUCCAAAUAUAUGUGUGAUUUCCCUAAUCACAACCCUUAUAUUAUUAUUGUCAUACAGUGGUCUUUGUUUCUGAUGGGGUAGAUCCAGUAGAGUUUCCUCUUGUGGUUGUUUUUUUGCUAGUGUGGAAGCCAGUUAUUUCCCAGCCAGCCUCAUUUCCCAUUUUAUAUGUAGCAUGUUUUUGCACAUUUUCUCUAUUUGUUGACCUGAAGUUUAGAAUAUUAAUCGCAUCACAUUCAUGAUUUUAAUUUUAUCAGUUCAUAGAACUUGGGAAACAGUAAUUUACAUUUUCUGAAUAAAUAUAUUAAUUGGAUACUUAGACUAAAUAUGUUUUGUUAUUUGAGAUAUUGUACUCUAUAAUUUUUGUCUUUAAAAUAUGUAUGCCAAGGUGAUUCAGAUACUGCAUUGAAGCCUUGCUACUUGCACCACUGAAAAUUCUGCGUAAUUGUUUCUUUCUUUCUUUCUUUCUUUCUUUCUUUCUUUCUUCUCCCACCACCUGUGGUUUCUGAGAUUUCAGUGUCUUUCGCCCACCAAUUUUCAGACCUUUGCAUUCUUAAGGACAAGGAAUUUUCACAGGUCUCUACUUGUGAAAUUCCUAAUAUGCACUCACAGGUUAUUUAAUUUCAAUUUGCAUGUCCUCCCCCCCUUCCAAGAAUUACAUAUGUUCUUGCAUGGAAGUUUGGUAACGUGACUGACAUGCCAGAUCUCAGGAGAGGCAUAGCAUGUAACUAGGGAGAGGUCGCAGUUCAGUGGUGUGGUGCGUGCUUUGCUGCAGGAGAUCUCAGAUUCAAUCCCUGACGUCUCUUAAGUGAAAAGUUCAGGAGAUUCGGGAGAGCUGCUUCCAGACUAAUUGGGCAAGAGAAGCAAACGGGGAAACUGCCUGACACCAGUUUAAACUGUGCCCCUAACUGCUUUUAAUGCCGCACAUGUUUUCCCUCUUGUUCUUGCCUCCAGUGUUGCCUCCAGUUCUGGUUCCAAGACAUAGUGAGUUCAACCCUCACCUCAGCCUCCUUGCCAAAUUCCGGAAUGCGUCUCUUCACAGUGAGCCACUGAUGCCUCAUAACGCGACCUACCCUGAUUCUUUCCAGCAUCCUCCAUGCCCCCCUCUCCCGACGUCCCCCCACAUGUUCUCUCAGUCCCCUAGCAGCAUGAGCUACCCUGACUCCCCCGGAAGUUCCUCUACACCAGGAAGUCCUUAUCAACUUACAGGUAAAAAAUAAAUAAGCGGCAGUCUCCCUGAACACGUUUCCAGUGAUGAUGAAUGGGUCUACAGUGACUUCUCUUUUGGGGACAAGAGGGAUGCAGGUGGCGCUAUGGUCUAAAACACUGAGCCUCUUGGGCUUGCCGAUCUGAAGGUCAGCAGUUCGAAUCCCUGCAAUGGAGUGAACUCCCGUUGCUCUGUCCCAGCUCCUGCCAACCUAGUAGUUCAAAAGCAUGCCAGUGCAAGUAGAUAAAUAGGUACCACUGCGGCGGGAAGGUAAACGUGCGCUCUGGUUUCCGUUGCACCAGAAGCAGUUUAGUCAUGCUGGCCACAUGACCCAGAAAGCUGUCUGUGGAUAAACACUGGCUCCCUCAGCCUGAAAGUUAGAUGAGUGCUACAACCCCAUAGUCCCCUUUGACUGGGCUUAACUGUCCAGGGGUCCUUUAUCUUUUACCUUUUUGGGGACAUGGAACUUUUGUGUGGUAUUUGGUUCAUACGAAAGUGUACAGUCCGUACAAUUUUGGUGCUGGCAGUUGUAUUACUUUCAUCAUUUCAUGAGAUGUGCACUGUUGAAAUGUUUACAAUGGAAUCUUGGGCCCUGCAUCUGAUCCUUCAUCUGAAACAAAACCCCUUGAAAAUCCAUCUUAAUUUGCAUGAGACACGGAUUCAGUUUAAGUCAGAAGGUUUUGGUCCUUCUCCAGUGAACCUAAACUAGUCAGUUAAUGAAAUGGCAGGCCCAGUAGCUUUCUCCUUUUCUUUCCCCCCUCUCUAGUCGAAACACCACCUCCGCCUUACAAUGUGAGAGAAACGCCAGGAAACCACCAUGGACGCUCUAUACAUGCAACCGCAGAGAAUCAGUUAGUCCUGUCAUUGCCCAAUGGAGGUAAAUCUGCCGAUGGAGAACCUGAAAGUAUGUAAAUACUUGUAUUGUUUUCUAGGGGGAAAUGACCUGAGCUAUGCCUGAUUUAUAGGCCUGUGACAGGAAAAAAGAAAUCAAAUCCUUAACCUGGAUUAAAAGUGAUGCUUAACAAAAUUGCUUCCAGUGCUGAACCACUAGAAUACAGUAUUAUUGGAACGGUUCUAAUUGAUGUGGCUGGAACAUUGGUAAACUAGCUAGUUGUUUGAAGGCUACCUCUGAGCUUAGAUAACAGCCAUUAGGCUGAUAAAUGAAAACCCAAGGAAGCAGAAACAUUCUAGUCCAUAUUCAAGUCGUGCUUUCUAUGUAUGUGACAACCAGUGAUCCCACCAACUCCAGGGCUGCAUGAGGCACUUCUUUCCACUCUAAAGCAUUUUUUUUUAAUCUCCACAGACUAAGGCAGAUUAGACCACUAUUCCAUUGGUUAGUAUCUGAUAGGCCUGUUGGCCUAUCCAAAGAGCCCUUAUAGGCAUGCUGCUGUUGAGACACCCCAUAUUUUCCAAAUCUGUUUGCCAUGCAGCAGCAUGAGGCAAACAUAAUCCGAAAUCCCACUUCAGCAGGUAAGGAAGUGAAGCCGCGCAGCAUCCUUUGGCAGUGAAUUUUCCAGGAUAUUGCCCAAAUCACUUUUCUUUGACUUAAACCUACUGCCUAUCAGUUUUAUUGCAAAAGCUGUGAGAGCUUACAUUUUGAGAGAGCAAAGAAUAACUCCACUACCCGCUGCUUUCCAAAUCAAUGUGUGUGCCACCUCCUGCCCUGUAAGCUAAAACACUUUGCUUUCCAUGUUCCUGAUUACAGCUGCGGUUUUGUAAACGAAGUCCAUUUUUUAUUUUUUGAUAAAGUGAAGGUUAAUUAAUGCAUUUGUCCUUUUCUGAACUUACCAUCUCUAACAUUGUUUUUGAGAUAAGACAGUCGGAACUGCUUACAAUAUUUGAUAUAUGGAAGUUUGAAGGCACCUGUUACUGUCUUGAGUUGCAGUGGUGAGUAAGGUUGCAGUCAUCCUUCCUCAACACAUAGGAGACAGGAGGUGCCAAAGUACACCUUGCUUUUUCAUUUAUCACCAUAUUAUCACAUCUGAAAAGAGGACAUGCUAAUGGUCUAGUUCUCCUUGGAACAUCACACUUACAAUGUGUAGCGGAAAGCAAAUGCACUGGUGCCUGCUUACGUCUGCCAUAAAUCUUACCUUGUAAUGUACAAAGCCACUCUAAUGCUUUCUGUUCUAGCCUCUGUUCCUUUUCCAAAGGCUGCUCAAGUCGUGUUUGCCCUUUCCAUUCCACAGCUCAGCAAGUGGAUAUUUUCAGGGUGCUUUGUGAACCCUUAGACCCCUUUCCUGAGUUGCUAUAAUUCAAAUCAGAACAGAAUUAUUCCACCUGCUUCAGGACAUGAGUUACUCCUUGUUUUUGCCAUGUGGUAGGAGUGAUAGUGACUUGCAGCCUUCAACUUGAGGCUGGUGGAUUUGAUGAAUUGUCAGGCACUCUUUAGCAGUGUCAGAAGUGCACCGUACUUAAUGGUGGGGCUGUCACCAAUCAGAAAAUAAAAGCAAAAUAUUUCAUUUUAUGAGCACAGAAGGAUCAGAUCCGCUUCUGGACAAAUUUGCUGAAUGCACAUCAUGCCAUGUUAAUCAGGGUAGAAUCAGAUGGCAUGGUGGGGGCAUAAAAGCUCACCUCAUGGUGCCCAAACACUAUCAAAAACUUUCCUCAUAGGUCAGUUGCUCCACCCCCUUGAUCAGUAUCCCUUUUGUCAUUUACUGCAGCCAGAACCAGUACCUUCCAGCUGUCUGAAUAGACACUUAACAGUAUUUUGGAAUGAUGUAGCUGGAAGAUUAGGAAGAAAAGGAACUUGCCACGGAGGCAACUCCUGACAGCAUAUGUGACUAGACAUACUGUUGUGAGGGAAGAGAUGGCCCUGCCUCUUUUCUUCAUUCUUGACUUUCCUUCCAGACUUCCGGCCCGUUUGCUAUGAGGAGCCGCAGCACUGGUGUUCGGUAGCGUACUAUGAACUCAACAACCGAGUUGGAGAGACUUUCCAGGCCUCUUCGCGAAGCAUACUGAUCGAUGGCUUUACAGAUCCGUCGAACAAUAAGAACAGGUUCUGCCUUGGGCUGCUGUCUAACGUGAACAGGAAUUCCACUAUAGAAAACACCAGGAGGCACAUAGGAAAGGGUGAGAGCAAGCCCCUUAUUGCAGUGGUAGCAAAUAAUGUUUAGGACCGCAGGCAGCUCCCCAUUUAUGCUGGGGUUGCGUUCCAAGGCACCCAAAGAUUGGGUUGUGCACUUGGAUACGGGUCCUACACAAGGAGGUAUGAAGAGCAGGCCACUCGGGAGCACUUUGUUUGCUUUCCAAAGAGUGAGAAGCCUGCAGCAAGUAGGCUCCUUCAAAACAUUGGCGAGGAAUGUCUGCCAAACUCCUUCUCCAAGUACAGAUUUUUAGAAUGGACUGUAUUUUAAGACUAUAAUGUCUCUCUCUCAAAGAAAAGUGUCUUUUUUGUAUUCUGUAUAUCACAUAAUGCACUGUUAAGCAAACAGUAUACCAUUUUGAAUUGACAAAUUUAAUUGGUGAAGGAGACUACAUCAGGGUCUACUGCAGGCAGACUAUGCCCCCCCACCCCUAAUUUUACAUGUACCCAGUCAGAUGGGUGGGGUAUAUCAAAAUAAUAAUAAUAGUAAUAGUGUUCCAUCUUUGGUUUUACUACUUACAAAACUGUAGACUGCCUUACGUGCCUUGGCAGAAAGGCGGCACAUAAAUGCAGUGAAUGAAUGAAUAAAUUUGCUUUUAUCUAUGUUGAAACCUUUCUGUUUUCUCCUCUCUCCCCCACCCCUCUUUUCAGGUGUCCACCUGUAUUACGUGGGGGGAGAGGUGUACGCAGAGUGCGUGAGCGACAGCAGCAUCUUUGUACAGAGCCGCAACUGCAACUACCAGCACGGCUUCCACCCUGCCACCGUCUGCAAGAUCCCCAGCGGCUGCAGCCUGAAGAUUUUCAACAACCAGCUCUUUGCCCAGUUGCUGGCCCAGUCCGUGAACCACGGCUUCGAGGUGGUGUAUGAGCUGACCAAGAUGUGCACCAUCCGAAUGAGCUUCGUCAAAGUAAGGACUCCUUCCUGUCUUCUCUACCCCCAACCUUACGGUUGUGAGCUGCCAAUGUGGCAAGAUUAAUUGUCAGCGGAGCUUUUUUCGAACAGCAGCCAGCAAAGCAAGUUCUGCAAUUCACAGACACGGGGGAGCAGGUGUUGCUUGCGUGAGGCGCUGCAUGUUAGUUCCUUUCUACCCAACCUUCACGUAGGAUUCAAGUCAGAGCGACUGGGGAAAUUGCCACAUGCCUCUGUAAUUUGUCAAGGUGGCCCCUCCUAUUCCUGGCCAUAGUUAUUGGAAGGCAGGCAAGGAAACGUGGGUGGCUUUUGUUCACCCACGUAAUAGCCACAUCUGCACACUCUUCUGUGGCAAUCUUCUGGUCUAAUUAUACACAAGGACAUCUAGUUAUUCAGUCUGCUUAUUUGGGUGAACAGCCUGUACUAAUCGGAUACUCCUGAUAUUUACCUAGAAUCCUUUGAAAGGCUUCUAGUAUCUUAAUCAUAUAAGCUGGUGGCACACCAGGUUUGUAUAUAAAGGGUAGCCCAUGGGGCCCAGUGAAGCAAAACCAGUGUGUUUUGUGACUUGGGCAUUUUUGUUGUUGUUGUUUAGUCGUUUAGUCGUGUCCGACUCUUCGUGACCCCAUGGACCAGAGCACGCCAGGCACUCCUAUCUUCUGCUGCCUCCCGUAGCUUGGUGAAACUCGUGUUCGUAGCUUCGAGAACACUGUCCAACCAUCUCGUCCUCUGUCGUCCCCUUCUCCUUCUACCCUCCAUCUUUCCCAACAUCAGGGUCUUUUCCAGAGAGUCUUCUCUUCUCAUGAGGUGGUCAAAGUAUUGGAGCCUCAGCUUCACGAUCUGUCCUUCCAGUGAGCACUCAGGGCUGAUUUCCUUCAGAAUGGAUAGGUUUGAUCUUCUUGCAGUCCAUGGGACUCUCAAGAGUCUCCUCCAGCACCAUAAUUCAAAAGCAUCAAUUCUUUGGCGAUCAACCUUCUUUAUGGUCCAGCUCUCACUUCCAUACAUCACUACUGGGAAAACCAUAGGUUUAACAAUACGGACCUUUGUCGGCAAGGUGAUGUCUCUGCUUUUUAAGAUGCUGUCUAGGUUUGUCAUUGCUUUUCUCCCAAAAAGCAGGCAUCUUUUAAUUUCAUGACUGCUAUCACCAUCUGAAGUGAUCAUGGAACGCAAGAAAGUAAAAUCUCUUACUGCCUCCAUUUCUUCCCCUUCUAUUAGCCAGGAGGUGAUGGGACCAGUGGUCAUGAUCUUCGUUUUUUUGAUGUUGAGCUUAGUCACCUUUAAUAUACUUGUCAGUGUUUUUAAACUACCAGCAGAGGGGGUUAAAGAACCACUUAAUGAACCAAGAAUCUGAUGGGCGCCAGGUUGUGUCAGACACGGUUUCAUUCAUAUAAAGUCAGACGUGAGCAUUAUGCAGCAUAACAGAUGGCGUCUCUCUCUCUCUCUCUCUCUCUCUCUCUCUCUCUCUCUCUCUCUCCAAAGUCUGAUUUCUUCCUUCCGCCACCUCUGUAUCCUAUUACGGCUUGUGAUUGACAUGUUGCAACUUAGUAACAAAUAGAAGAGCCUUAAAACAAAGAUUUUGGGUGAUUUACAUAGGAGUGAUUACCUGGCAUUAAUGUACACAUUUAAAACUAUAAAUAUGUUCAAGGUUUGCGCCUUACACCAAAACAAGGUAAGAGAAAAUAUUCGCUUAAGUGGGUCACAAAUCUUAUCUCUCUUCCUCUGAUAAUAUAUGCCUUAUGAAUGAAAAUUUCUGCUUUUGUGAUGGGUGAUGAUUUGUCACUGAGUGAUAGUUUGCCUGUGUGAAACAGCUACUCACAAUCUUAUCGUCUCCAAGCACAGUGCUGCUCAGUGAAUGCAGUUCAUAUGUUCAUUUGUGAGUCAUUCAGGUGUGAAUUGGGCCUCUGUAAGUUCAGAAACCAUCCUCAAAGCAAGUGCAUUUGAGCUACAGACCUUUAGCAUCCUAGAUAAUGACCUAAAAGAGUGUAAAAUCUGUUCAAAAUUGAGACAAUGCAGUGGAGCUUUUUGCUUUACUGCAGAUUUGUCUGUGAUCAGUUUCCUUGAAUGAACAAAUUUAUCUUGCUGCAAUUAAUUUUAUAAUUUAUUGUUCAGCCAUUGGCCAUCACAACCUUCUACUGCUACAAUUUGAUCUUCCUUGAUGGAAAGAAGAAUAAGAUGGCAAAUACCAUGUGAGUGUUUGGUGUUUUUUAAAAAUCCUUUGGCAUUUGUUCCUCUGUUUUGUAGGGCUGGGGAGCAGAGUAUCAUCGGCAGGACGUCACGAGUACUCCGUGCUGGAUCGAGAUCCACCUGCAUGGACCAUUGCAAUGGCUAGAUAAGGUGCUGACGCAGAUGGGUUCACCUCAUAACCCAAUCUCCUCCGUUUCUUAA